UACUCAUCGUAGGCAGUUAAACAGCUCUUUUCAAUAUUGCCUCCCUCGUGUUAAUAUAUAUAUAUAUUUUAAGAAUAUAUUGCCUCUCUCUCUACUCUCUAUUUCUGAUUCGGAUCUGAGUCUUUUCAAUUGGUUAUUUUCUGUACUCUGUCGAAUCUGUCUUGAAAUUCCCUUUUCUUAUCUGAGUCUUCCUGAGCACUUGCACCGUAAGAGCUCCAUUUUCUCUUAAACUCUUCUUGAAGCAUAUAUGGGCUUCUUGUGGGGUUUGGAGCGUUGUUGGUGAUGUCUUACAGUAAAUACUCAGAGGAAGAACCAACUAGUUGUUGCUCAAAAGCUUCAGCUGAGUUGAAGCUCUACCAAGCUUUCAUCUUUUCAGUACCAAUCUUCUUUACUUUCAUCCUUCUCUUAUUGUUUUAUUUGUUCUAUCUUCGCCGUCGAAGUGUUGAUUGGUCGUCACUGCGAAUGAGGAUCUCCUUGCAGACCCCGAAUGAGAUCUCCACACGGUGUGAAUUGGGCCUGAAGAAAGAACUCAGAGAGAUGCUACCCAUUAUUGUUUUCAAGGAGAGCUUUUCUGUCAGAGAUACGCAAUGCUCAGUAUGCCUAGGGGAUUACCAAGCAAAUGAUAAGCUUCAACAGAUACCUGCUUGUGGGCAUACAUUUCACAUGGACUGCAUUGACCACUGGCUGGCCACUCACACAACCUGCCCACUCUGCCGCCUUUCCCUCCUUACUUCUGCUAAAGCUUCAACUGAACCAGCACAUGUCCGUGCAGAAACGAGUCAAGGAUCUUUGGAUGCAGAAAAUGGUAAUGUAGCUUCUAUUCCAAAUAGCUCUCAAUCUUGCCAAGAUCCUCAAGUAUAGUCUGACAUUAAAUGAUUCGGAUCCCUUUACAAAUUCCAGUGGGACCAUUGUUUUAUGAGAGGGUCCUCCAUCACUACAUUGUUGAAGAUUGAUAAAAAUUGAACUGGGGAUUUGGAUCCGACACUUGUGGUUAAUGUAGGAUCUGCAUACAUGUUUAAUGCUACCCAGUUGAUGCUUGUGCAGUAGGAGAACUGAACCAUUUCAUUUGGUUUUCAGCUUUCUUUGGGACAUAAAUUUAGUUUUGGCAAGGGGUCGCUAGUGAAGCAAUAAAACUG